CUAGUGCAAAAAAAUUCAGGAGAUAUCCCUCAGUUGGCAAGAAUUUUUCACUGAGUGCAGUAGUUAUUCGGUUUCACUUGUUAAAAAAAAAUUCAAAAAUGACUUGGAAAAGACCAGAAAAUAUAGAUUUUCCUCAAGUUUGGUGGACUUUUGAAGCUAAAGACCCGGAUACAAGGCAGAUGGUGAAGUAUCGCGUGCAGGAUUUACCGGAAGAUCGAUACGAUGAGGCUUUGAUGUUAAUGGCAACACUAUUCAUCCGAGAUGAAACUAUGUGCAAAUCUCUAGACCUCAUCAAUGAUACAACUUUUGAGGGAGAUAAUAUUUGGGAGAAUAUCCUGAAACAAAAAAUCACAGUUGUUUGUUUCAAGGAGGGAUCUGAUGAGAUUUGUGGUUUGAAUUUGCUGGAAGUUCUCGAGAGAGAUUCAAAACAACCAGAAGAAAAGCUUCCUAGUAAGAAAAUUCGGGAUCUAGUUAAAACUAUGGAAUUUAUCAAAGCUAAAGCUGAUCCUUACAAUCGUUAUGGAGUGGAUAAAUAUCUUCAUGCUAUGGGUCUUUUAGUUGUGCCAAAGUAUCGUGGACUAGGUUUAUCUACAGAAAUACUAAAAGCCAGGGAACCUCUGGGAAAAGCUGUUGGACUUAAAUUAUCUGGAACAGUUUUUACAGGUACAGCAUCUCAGGGUUGUGCUAAAAAAGCCGGAUUCGUUGAAGACUAUUCGGUACUCUACGAAGAUCUCGCUAAAGGUGAACCUUUUGUUGAAUUUCCUAAUGUUUCAUCUCCUUAUGUAAAAUUUAUGAGCCUUAAGUUUAAGGAUUAGUUCUGAGAUGUAAUAUAUAAAAUUUUCAGUAAAUCAUUUUAUUGACAAAUGGUAUUGCUCAGUGGAUAAUUUUGAGUAAAAUAAAUCAUUAAAAUAAAAGAACAACUUUUUGUAACUAUGUUAACUAGCAGAGUUUAUAUUUUGUCGAAUCUAUUCGAAAUUUUAUUAAAUGAUAGUUCGAUAGUUCAUGAAAUUUUUUCAAACAAUACGUGGCAUCUAACAUCUAAGAAUUUGUAAUAAAAGUUCUCAAAAGUAAUAAAUUUCCAGUACUAAAUCCUGUAGGCUGUAGGGGAAUUCUGUAAUUUUCGUGGCAUUGUCACGCGUGAGUUCGAAUGAAAACCGCGUGAGUUCGAAACCUGACAAUGCCAUUCGAGCUUUUUUUUGUCAUAUCAUAUGUGUUUGAAAAUGCAAUUCAUUGAUUUUUUAAUGAAAUCUCUUUACUUGAUGAUUUUAUGAAAAUUACGUACGUCUUGAUUGAUUUGUUUAACAAAAUUCAUUGUCAUUUGAAUUGCCAGAAAUCUCAAAUAUGUGACUUCUGACAAUGCCACGUAAGCUCAAAUAGCAAUAUCAUCAGAAUCGCAUUUUCCAAAAACUCUCCUAAGAUUCGAGCCCAAUUUGUCAUAAUGGCAUUGCCAGAGUGUUACAGAAUUCCCCUCCUGAGGUGACAUCAUAACUUCUUUCUGAUAGUAUCGACAGUCGAUUCAGAAAAAUUAAAAUGAUAGCUUUACCUUUUGUAAGGAAUGUAAUAUAAAAAGGAAAUUAUCAACAGUCGCAUGGUACAAUAAUCUUUAAAAAUUCGUCAUUUGUUAAAUCUAGCAGAUAAAAAUUUAUCGAUACUAUUCAGUCAAUAGAAUUGAAAAGUUAUCAUUCCACCCUGAUACUGAAAUAUCACUAUUAUUACAAAUUGUUUGGUCAGUAUUUUUUUGUUUUUACACUAGUCUUUUCACUUUUUAGAAAAUUCUUAAGAUUUAGAAAAAUCGACGUACUUUGAAUUGAAUCGUAAAUUAUCCUACUUCUUGUGAUAUGCUUGAAUUAGUGAAUUUUAUUAUGUCUUAAAAUUGAUUCCGUAUUAUUUUCUUUGUUAAAGGACGUUUUUUAUUGGUAGGGGAAGUGCUUAUAAUUUUGGACAGUCUGCAUAUAAGCAUCGAUAUCCUAAGUUUGAAGUGCCAUAUUUUCAAUACUAAUUGACUUUUCUUGUUACUCUCUUUUCAGAAGGAUUGUUUAGAAACUUGGCAAGCUAUUUAUCAUCUCAUUUUUACUAAAAUUAGUUUUAAUACGUUUAAAAAUGAAUUGAUAUGUAGAGGUGAAUUUGACUCUUAUUUUGGACAACUUGGUUAUUAAUUUUUACAACUUGUCUGUAAAUUUGGACAGAUAAUCCGCCUCAAUAGGAUGCCCAUUGUUCUUCAUUUUAUGAACCAAUCUUAUCAAGUCCUCUUCCUGGUCAUGUAAGGGAAACGUGGAAUGUCACAAGAAGCCCGGAAACUUUCCAUAUCAUUCAUUAAAGUGAGUUGACUUCGGUACUCCAAGUACGUGCGGAUUCGCUCAUUCCCUGCCCUUUCCGGGAGCCUUUCAAGGCAUUUCUCACUGCAUCUCUUUCGUAGAGAUGAUGCUCCUUCAUUUCUCCAGGCAUUUGUCCAACCUAGUCAUCACAAAAGCUAAAACUUCACGAAAUUUCGUGAGAAAAACACCUGUCCAAAAUAAGAAUCAUCACCUCACUGGUGAAUGUCUUAAAAAAAUUCCCAUUUUUCACACGAAAAAUAUAAUUCACAAGGCAAAUCUCACUUCAGGUCAAAUGUACAAAUCAUCAGUAACGUGAAUCAACACAAUAUUCAAUGAAUAUUCAAUAAUAUCACUCAAAAACAGCGAACAAACUUUGUUAGUACUUCACCAAAACUAAAUAAGACUGAAGUAAGCCACGAAGUUCUGUCAUAUUUCUCGUAAGCAAUUGCUCACACUGAAUUUUCAACAAAGCAAUUUCAACUCAAAUCAUAUUCAAAUUUUAACGUAUUUAGUGUUAAAAUAUUCCAAAAAGAACAAAUAUUUAGAUAGAAUUCAUUAUUCAUCAAAUAUUGGAAUAAAAAUCCAUCAUUUUAAUCAAUUUAUUUUUAGUGUCCAAUGUUAUCCUCAAAGUGUCCAAAAUAAGAAACUGGACAAAAUUAGAAGCAUUUCCCCUAUAUAUUAUUUUUAUUGGAAUUAUAUAGAAUCACGCUGCAUAAGUUUGAGUUUCCCGCCAAGUUCUUUCGAAUUUAGCAUCUUUUAUAUCGUCAUCGAUUUAUAUCUGAUUUAAACUAAUUCAUAGUUCACUUUUUUUCAAAAUUAAAAAAAAUAUAUUUAUGCGAUUUCAGUGGUGUCGCUUAAUUAUUUACAUAUCCAUUGACACCAUUGAAUCCAUUUGAAACUAUUUCAAUCCGAAAGAAAUUUAUUAAAAUGUGCAAUUGUAAGGGAAAAACGUAAUGUUUGUACUAGAAACUAGAUCAGUGAAUUUAAACGGAGUAACAAAAUAUUGCACACAAUCCAGCGAUAUAUUGUAUUAAGGAUCAGUCUAAGUUGCUCCUUUUUUGGACUCUCAUUAGCACAAGCUAAAUAGACAUAGAUUAUUAUUUAAUAAUAUUGGGUUUUUUAUUUUCAUUUUUGUUCGAUAUUUUAUGAUAUUACACAAAUGAGUAGUAAAAAAUUAAAUCCAGCACUCAAUUUAGAAUUUUAAAACAGUGAGAGGUUUUCAUUUUAUCUGCAAUCAUGUGAGAUGUUAUAGACCUUUUCUGUAAUUAUUUAGGAUUUGUUUAAAUUAAAAUUCAGUAUUUUACUGACCAAGUUUAAUUUUUUGAUGUUCAUUGUUUUAGUUCCAUAACUCUAUAAAAAAACUUUUUAAUAUAUUUUUAAAUAAAAAAAACCUAUUAUUAAAAUAAAAUGUAUUACCUACUUUUUCUAUAGAAUUGUUAUUUUUAUGAUCUUUUACUAUGUACAUUUUUGAAGAAGUAAGUUCUUUGAAGAGCUCCAAUAAAUUUAGAAAAAGUGCUUUCUUUACAUUUCAGUAUUUUACUACUCGAAGUCAAGGGAGAGCAGUUAUAUAAUCAAUUUUUUUCAACUUGUCACCGAACUACAGCUUAAAGCUUAAACGGUAAGUGAUAUCAACUUCCGGUUUUCUCUCUUCUUUGGAUAUGUUUUGGAGGUGGUUUAGGCGAACAUUUCGUCCAAAUACACCUAUGACCUAAAAAAUCACUUUAUUGAAUUUUUAAGAGUCAAAGUAUAACUGAUCUUCAAAUCAGUAAUGAAUCGGUUAAAUAUUCAAGAAUGACUUACAUAUGUUUUUCGUGUUUACAUUUUUUGCUUUAUCCGUAUGCUUUUAACACAUGCCAAAACAUUCUAAUAUGAUCAUUUCUUUACUAUUUGAUUUUAAAAUGCUUUUGUGAUUUAUGAAUCAAUUUGAUUUCUAGUAGACAAGUAAAUACCAAAAGAUCAUGCGAGAAUCUAAUUCAUGGAGAGCUCUAUUUCGUGAGUUUGAGCACUACGCAAUGUUAGGACGCUUUGCCACCUCUUUAUUUUAAUUUUAUGUAGUCGGUAUAAUAAUAACUUUCAAAUUAAGAUAGACUUUCAAUUAUAUACAUCGUAUGUAUAAACUUAAUCAAAAAUCUAAAUAAAAUUGUACUGUAUUCCCUGAAAAAUUGAACUCAAAAUUUUGAGUUUAACUGGUAUUUUUUCUUUUUUGAAAAUGUUGUUAAAAUUUGAGUAUUUUUUUUAAAAAAAUAAGCGCAAAAGUGGAAGCUCGCCUUUUCAUGGAAUGUAGUACUCAAUGUUACUGAUCAACAGUAAAAAAAUAAAAAAUUUUGAGAAUGGGGUUUUUGAGAAAAAUUAAUUUUUAAUUUUUUUCAAAAAAAAAAAAUUAAAAUAAAUAAAAAAUAAAAUAAAAAUUAAAAAAUAAAAUAAAAAAUAAAAAAAAAAAUUAAAAGACGGUUACAAAAAAACUUGAGCAGAUAAUACGAAAACUAGUAUAUCGUUUUAAAGAGUAUAAAAUUAUCUUUCAAAUAAAAAAAGAGUAAGAAGAAAUCUCAACCCGUUCGCGAAAUAGAGCAUUUUGAAAUAUUUGCCAAAAAUCUCAAUUGACGAAUAAAGCGCAAGACGCCAUCUUUGACGCCAUGUGUCUCCGGCCAGGACUUUUUUUGGGCGAAAAAAAAAUAGGGGUAGGGUCAAAGGAACGUCUAUUGACACUUUAAGAACUUUCGUAACUUUCCUGACUGAUAUCUUCUAUUGUAUUAAAUUUUUUUGUGUUUAAAUAUUAACUUAUAUCAACUUAUUAAUUUGACUACCAUUCAGUAUCAUUCACUUUUCUCAAAAUGUUUGAAAAACUAAAAAAAACUGUAUUUUUUAAGAUCAUGACUAAAUGCCAUAUCUAUUGACACUUUCGGUAUCUAUUGACACACGAAAUUUGAACACCUA